AUGAAUAGAAAUAGGAGUCGCAGUGAGCAGAAAUCACUCGUAGAGGGACACAUUUUCUCUGUACCGAGUAUUACAGGUAACCCAUUCACACCUGAGUUGGUCAGUGCUGUGCAUUUACUCCCCAGUCUUCAAGCUAGCCUAGGGGAAAUAACGGACUCACUUAGGACGAUCAGAAAUAUUACCGAGGAAAUAAGCGUUAUCAAGAAAGACUUGUGGGAAGAAGACGGGUUCGAUCAUAGAACCAAAUUGAUAGCCCAGCAGCAGGUAGAUGGAGAGGAUGAGCUUCAUCAGCUGAGACAAGAGAACAUAUCGCUCAGAGAAGACGUCAACAUGUUGAAAUCCAUAGUGAUUAAUCUGGAGAGAACAGUAAUUAAAAAUCAGAAUGAAAUCAUUGAUCUCAAAUCGAGAUUAAUGAAACAAAAUAUUUUGAUUCAUAAUCUCCCUGAAGAAGAUGGCGAAAAUCUAUUUGUUAAAAACCCAGAACUUAUCAAGACGCAUUUUAAAGUAGAUACAUCUUUCGCAAAUAUUCACAGAAACGGUCCAAAAAUACAAGGGAAGCCAAGAACCAUCACUGGGCGACUCAACAAAUUUACGGAUAAGGACUUGAUCCUGCAGGCACAGAGGGAGAACAAAAAUCAACGUACAGAACAAGCAGAGGAAAUCGACCAGAAUUCUUCCUUGCAACACAAUUCAACAUUCUUCAUCACGCCACAAACUCCAAUUGAAUUGUCAGAAAAUCGAAAGAAACUAUUAGAAUUAAACAACAAAUACUGGAAAGCUAACGUUAAGAUACGCAUUGUGGGAGAGAAACUUGUAUUCCCAAAUGGAAGUAUACAUAGAGAUAAAGUACAGAAACCAAAAGCAGAACAAAUCCUAGGAAUGGAUCAAGCAGAAAGAGAGGCGCUUAAGAAGAUUAAAGUGACGGAGUUGGAAAAAAAUGAAGGAGGGAACAUCUUUCGAGGGAUGGGGGGUAACAACGGAGUGCUAUAA